AUGCAGAAGAAGAAUGCUAUUGAUUUCGUGCUAUUGAUAUUAUCCGACCAAUCCAUAUUCUUAUCUGAUCAUCGACUUGUUAUGGCUAAGAUUCUCUGUCUUCUCCGCAACUCACAUCGCCUUGUUUCCAAUAGUGUUUUUGACAAUUACGAAGACUUGAAAAGUGAAAUAAAAGCGGCCGCUGAUCCUGCUACGUCGCAACUUCUGAAAAGGCUAUCCGAGUAUUACAAAGGGAGCAGAAAUCACAAAACGACCUUAACAAGACCUAAAAGGAAUGGCGGCUCCAUCGCAGAAACGCCUACUGCUUUCGCAUUUUUUCAAGAAUUCUACAACGAACUGUUUUAUUCGACAACGCGAGCCAUCACCACUCUCCUACGAAUAAAGGAUCCUGAAGAAUUGCCGCCAAUUUCGUCCAGUGAUAUCGAACAUGCUAUCAAUACGAUGAAGUUAGGGAAAAAACCAGGACCUGACCACAUAACCGUUGAAAUGUUGAUGGCAGCAUAUCAUAUACUGGAAACCAUUAAUAAAACUAUUCAAUGA